UCCAUUCCACGGCAUACCAUCACUACCCCCACUCCUAAACCAGGGGCCGUCGGCGGUGACCGGAACUCCUUAUAACCGUCUCGCCCCUUCUCCUUAAUUCUCCAUUCUCAUUCCGUCUCCAUCUCUCGACAGCAAUGCCUGCUGCCGCCGCCGCCGCGUCUCUCGUCCUCUUCGCCCCAUCGCGCUCCUCCUCCUCCUCCCAGCGUACCCUCAGACGCCCCUCCCUCCUCGCCCUCCGCCGCGCUACCGCCGCACCUUCCCGCCCCCGAACCCCCCGCCUCGUCGCCGUCCGCGCGGCCGUCGCCAUCGAGAAGGAGACGCCCGAGGAGGAGAGGCCGGAGACCUUCCUCCGCGCCGCCGAUGGCCACCACGGCGCUGCGUCUGCCUCCGUCCGCGCCCGCUUCGAGCGGAUGAUACGGGAGGUCCAGGACGAGGUGUGCGCCGCUAUUGAGGCGGCCGAUGGCGGCGGGAAGUUCAAGGAGGAUGUUUGGUCGCGGCCGGGAGGAGGCGGUGGGAUCAGCCGGGUGCUGCAGGACGGAGGGGUGUGGGAGAAGGCCGGGGUUAAUGUGUCCGUGGUGUAUGGUGUUAUGCCGCCGGAGGCCUACCGGGCUGCCAAGGGAGAAGCUGUAUCUGGUAAUGGGAAUUCUUCGGUCAAGGCUGGACCUGUGCCGUUCUUCGCUGCUGGGAUCAGUUCGGUUUUGCAUCCAAAGAAUCCAUUUGCCCCAACAUUGCAUUUCAACUAUCGAUACUUUGAAACUGAUGCAACAAAAGAUGCCCCUGGAGCACCUAGGCAAUGGUGGUUUGGUGGUGGCACAGAUUUCACUCCGGCUUAUAUCUUUGAGGAGGAUGUAAAACAUUUCCAUAGGGUCCAAAAGGAAGCAUGUGACAAAUUUGAUCCAAGUUUCUAUCCCAGAUUCAAGAAAUGGUGUGAUGAUUAUUUCUUCAUAAAGCACCGUGGUGAAAGGCGUGGGCUUGGUGGCAUAUUUUUUGAUGAUCUUAAUGACUAUGAUCAGGAGAUGCUUCUGGCUUUCUCUACUGAGUGUGCAAGGUCUGUUGUUCGAGCAUACGUACCUAUUAUAGAGCGAAGGAAAGACACACCUUUUACCGAGCAGCAUAAGGCAUGGCAACAGUUAAGAAGGGGACGUUAUGUGGAAUUCAAUCUGGUAAGCAAAGAGAAAAUAACAUGCAUUUGCAGUCUAGGAGUCUGUAUCGGACUGAACAUUAGUUGCGAUGUGUCCAUUCUGAAGGUUUAUGAUCGUGGUACAACAUUUGGACUGAAGACGGGUGGACGAAUUGAAAGUAUUCUUGUUUCCCUUCCAUUGACUGCUCGGUGGGAAUACGAUCAUAAACCAGAAGAAGGAAGCGAAGAAUGGAAACUCUUAGAUGCAUGCAUCAAUCCAAAGGAAUGGAUUUAGUCUCAGCCAAAUGGCUAAGUGAGCACUCUUAGCCUUCCUGUUCUACAGCGAUAAUACAAAGCUCCUGGUCCAAUUUUUCGGGUGCAGUUAUGAUAGGUGAAAGCUAUGAUCUGAAUUGUUGAAUAAGUUCAAUCAGGUUAUGUCGGAUAAUAUUCACAAAUGAGUUAUUUUGGAAUCAGUGUUGGUGAUUA